AACUCGUUCAGUUAAGAGCGAAGCGACCGACAAACAACCAUUCAUUAGGCAGCUGCCAGUCUGUAUUCUCCAAUCAUAAAAAAGUGCGUUCUCGUUUCUCGGUUCUUUUCUGUGAAUCAAUCAUCCAUUGAACCCAAGUGUGUGUUUUUCAGAGAAAAAAAACGAGUGAUUGACCGGAUAUCGUGAAAACGCUGCAAUGGCAAACGGUCGCAGUAUUCGCUUCUACUACGACCUCAUAUCGCAACCUUGCCGUGCUUUGUACAUUUUCCUUGAGCAGAACAAAAUCCCCUAUCAAAAGUGUCCCAUUGCGUUGCGGGAAUGGGAACACACAACGCCCGAAUAUCUGCAAAAUGUGAACCGUUUCGGCAAAGUGCCCGCCAUUGUGGACGGGAAGAACUUCAAACUGGCGGAGAGCAUUGCAAUUCUGCGCUAUCUGGCGCGAGAGUUCGCCGUUCCGGACCAUUGGUAUCCGAGGGACAGCCGUAGGCGCGCCAGGGUCGACGAGUACUUGGAGUGGCAGCAUUCGAACACUCGGUUGCACUGUGCCGGGUACGUGCGCUACGUGUGGCGAGGACCGCUUCGCGGGGAAACCAUGGACCCGCGGGUCGCCAAGAGGCUGAAGGCCGAGAUGGUCGGUUGUUUGGAUUUCAUCGAAUCGAACGUGCUGCAGCGGGAGGCACGGUUCAUAGCAGGCGAUGAGAUUUCGAUCGCUGACCUGGUGGCGGCCUGCGAGAUCGAGCAACCGAAGCUAGCUGGAUACGACGCACGUGUAGGACGACCACAUCUGACGGCUUGGAUGCAAAGGGUUAAGGAAACCACCCAACCAGACUAUGAUGAAGCGCAUAAGAUUCUGAAUAAAUUUGCGCCUACUGCGACGUGAUAUACAAUGGGUACCUACACUGGAACAGUGUAUGCCUACUAAGCUCCACCGAUAACGAAAGUGUGAUUUAUGUUCGCUUUGUCUAUAGUAUUAAAUAAAUAAAAGAGCUUUAACGUUUUUGA